AUGGUGGGGCACAUGGUGGUGCACCUCAAUCACAAGGCACUUCGGCCAGCAUCAAUGUGGCCGUCAGAAAAGGAGACUUUCCUGGCAAGUGCUUCAGCUGUGGGAAAAGAGGGUACCGAUGCUUUGAUCGCCUUGGGUUCCACCCAGGCUGCGACAAGUGCCCCCAUCAUUUCACCCUCAGCAAGUACAAGUGCCACUUCAGCAAAUACCGAGCUGGCAGACUUGAUGGCACAGGUGAAGUCGAUGUGCGAGGAGUUGGAGCACUAUUGGGCGCUCAAAGAAGAGUCUUUUUGA